AUGUUCUCGACCGGAAUGAUGAAUCAACAGCAACUGGCUCAACUCCUUGCCCAACAAAUGGCUCAAUUGCAGCUGGCAAAUAUGAAGCAACCACAAGCUAUGCCGAUGAUGAUUCCCGCUGAGCCGCAAAAAUCAAAGGGAAUGAAAGUUGCUGAUUCCGUCAAGCUGGACCCAGAUUAUUUUGAAAGCAACUCUGUUUCUGGCAAUUCUAGUGUUAAUGCGUCUAAACCGAAAAAUGUGCCAAAAGCGCUGCCAAAGCGCAUUUUAGUGACGAAAUUGCCGCCCCAUGUGCGGACGAUGGAGGCCAUCACUGAGGCGUUUUACCCUUAUGGGAUCAUUUCGGAGGUGCAGAUCUUUAAGGAGCCAGCGCACGUGCCAAAGCAGUUGAUGGAGGAAUUGAAGAAGGUCGAUAAUCGAAUGGGAGCUCUUCCAGCCGCGUUGGUGGAAUUUGAAACCUCCCAAGCUGCCAAAUUCGCGGUAUCGAUCAUGCGCAAACGCGAAAAGACGCUUCAAUUCCGAGUUGCGUUGAUGAAGGGAGACAGCGUCGAUCCAAAACACAUUCAGAACAACCAAGCUCCUAAAUUUGCGAACUACAGUGCUGCCAACUGCGCCAGUUCAAAUAGACGUUGCUCAGAAGCGCUAUCACUUUCGGACGAUAUGAUGAGUUCUUCCGGGUACGACACCUGCUCCAGUAUCAAAUCAGAGUCACCCCAGCCACGAGACAGUAUCCCCCACAAUGGCGGAGGUUCGCAAACAGACUUUGGCCCGAUUGGUUCGCCCCCGACAACGAAGAGCUACAGUAGCAGCGUGGGAAAGAGCCAGGGACCAUUGUCGAAGUACAGACAAAAUCAACGAGCCCAUUUGUAA